AUGCGUCUAGACGUCAAGAGGCAGCUUUUUGCUAGGUCCGAGAGAGUCAAGGGCAUCGAUUUUCACCCCACAGAGCCAUGGAUACUCACCACACUAUACAGCGGGCAUGUUUAUAUAUGGUCAUACGAAACACAGGCGAUUGUCAAAACUUUCGAGCUCACCGAUGUUCCCGUACGAGCAGGGCGCUUCAUCGCCCGCAAGAAUUGGAUUGUGUGCGGCUCAGAUGACUUCCAAGUCCGUGUCUACAACUACAAUACCUCCGAGAAAAUCACCUCCUUCGAAGCUCACCCUGACUACAUCCGCGCUAUUAUUGUUCACCCUACACAGCCUUUCGUUCUUACCGCCUCAGAUGACAUGACAAUAAAGCUAUGGGAUUGGGACAAGGGUUGGAAAUGUGUGCAGGUGUAUGAGGGUCACAGUCACUACGUUAUGGGCAUGGCAAUAAACCCCAAGGACACAAACACUUUUGCAUCGGCUUGUCUAGACAGAACGGUCAAGAUAUGGAGCUUUGGCUCAGGGCAUGCAAACUACACCCUAGAAGCGCAUGAAACCAAAGGAGUGAAUCACGUCGACUACUACCCACAGGCUGACAAACCAUACCUUCUUACCACAUCGGAUGACCAGACUGUGAAGAUUUGGGAUUACACUACAAAGUCACUCAUCGCUACUCUCGAAGGCCAUACCAGCAAUGUCUCUUUCGCCUGCUAUCAUCCCGAACUACCAAUUAUCAUCUCUGGAUCGGAAGACGGUACCGUCAAAAUAUGGCAUGCUAAUACCUACCGACUAGAGCAGUCUCUGACAUAUGGCUUGGAACGAGCUUGGUGUGUCAGCUACCAGCGUGGGAAGCAGGGCGUUGCCGUGGGAUUUGAUGAUGGUGCUGUGGUAGUGAAGAUGGGACGUGAAGAGCCAGCUGUGUCAAUGGACAAUUCAGGGAAACUCAUAUGGGCUCGGCACAGCGAGAUACUAUCCGCCAUGAUCAAAGGUGGUGAUGCAACUAUCAAAGAUGGCUCUCCAAUAAGCCUGCCAUCAAAGGAGCUCGGCAACUGUGAGAUCUACCCCCAGACCCUUACUCAUUCUCCCAAUGGUCGUUUCGUCUCUGUCUGCGGAGAUGGUGAGUACAUUAUUUACACUGCUCUUGCUUGGCGUAACAAAGCAUUCGGGUCUGCUCAGGAUUUUGCGUGGGGCGUUAAUACCAAGACGAAUGAUUAUGCGAUACGAGAAUCGGCUUUGAGUGUCAAGAUCUUCAGCAACUUCAAAGAGAAAGGCAAUGGCAUUGAUGUGGGCUUUCAAGCGGAAGGUUUGAGCGGCGGUGUAUUAUUAGGCGUACGGGGUCAAGGUGGGAUUGGGCUCUUUGACUGGGAGACGGGUGCUCUGGUGCGGAGGAUAGAAGUUGAUCCUAAGAAUGUGUACUGGUCCGAAUCUGGUGAACUUGUUACGCUUGCCUGUGAAGAGACCUUCUACGUCCUCCGCUUCUCACGCGAAAACUACGUUGAAGCCCUCCAACAGGGUCUCGGCGACGAAGAUGGCGUUGAAGCCGCCUUCGAAGUGGUGACCGACAUCAACGAGUCCGUUCGCACAGGCCAAUGGGUCGGCGACUGCUUCAUCUACACCAACAGCACCAACCGCCUCAAUUACCUCGUGGGCGACCAAACCUAUACUGUUUCCCAUUUCGACCAGCCCAUGUACCUCCUCGGCUACCUUCCUCGCGAUGGCAAGGCGUACGUGGCCGACAAAGACGUCAAUGUCAUCUCCUACGCUCUCUCCCUCUCUGUCGUCGAAUACCAGACCCUCGUCCUCCGCGGCGACAUGGACUCAGCUGCUCAAAUUCUCGAAGACGUUGCGGAUGACCAGAAGAAUAAAAUCGCCCGUUUCCUUGAGGGGCAAGGCUAUAAAGAAAUGGCCCUCGAGGUCGCGACGGACCCGGAACAUCGCUUCGAUCUCGCUCUCGCCCUCAACAAUCUUCCCAUCGCUCUUGAAAUCGCUCGCGAAGCUGAUGUCGAGCAUAGAUGGAAAACCGUUGGCGAUGCUGCGCUUACGGCUUGGGACCUUGCGCUGGCCGAAGAGUGUUUUUCCAACGCUAAGGAUAUGGGGUCGUUGUUGCUGUUGCACACGGCAACUAACAAUAUCGAUGGACUGCGGCAAUUGACCGCUCAAGCAGAUCUUGCGGGAUCUCACAACAUCUCGUUUUCUUGCUUCUGGCACCUGGGCGAUAUCGAUGGCUGCAUUGACCUCCUUGUUCGCACCAACCGAACCGCCGAGGCUGUGCUUUUUACGCAGACUUACAAGCCAAGUCGAUGUAAGGAAGUCGUUGCGCGGUGGAAGGAGGGGCUGGAGAAGAGCUCCAAGGGUAAAGUGAGCAGGAUGCUGGGCGUACCGCCAGCCGAUGGGGAGGGAGAUGCGGAUUUGUUCCCUGAAUGGGAUGAGUAUCUGACGAUGGAGAGGGAAGGGAAGACGAAGACGUUGGUGGAUGUGAGUGAGGAGGUUCCUGCGGAGGAUGGUGUGAAUGGUGAUGCGGAGGGGCAGGCGCAGGAGGAUGGGACAGAGGAGGUUGAAGCUGAGGCUUAG